UAUGGGAGCGAGGUGGGGGCUGGUUUGGGUGUUUUCAGAGAGCCUGCGACAGUCUCAAGCUAUUUUCGCGGAGGGGAGUAUUUGAAAUACGACAUCUAGAAGAGUGGCCCUCAGCAACAAUGCCGGGCGUUCCCGGACCAGGGCGAUGCUGGGAUUCUGGGGAAGUGGAGGCAGAGGGAGCGGGCACGGGGUCGGCUGCCGCUCCACGGAGUCCCCGGCAGGGGCGAGCUGAGCUGUCCGGCCGGGUCCCCUGCCCACCCCGGCCCGGGCCGCGGUGACAGCUGAGGGUCCAGAGAGCCGGCAGGAGGGGACCCUGCGCAUUGUCUGCCGCGAUGGGGACGUGGGCGUGCCCGCGGAAUUCACCUCCUCCAGGGACCAGCCGCCCAGGGAGGAGCCGGCACCCUGGGCCUUUGCGUUGUUUGUCCGCUGAGCAGCUGGUUCCCGGAGCCCGUGGGCCUCCUGGCCAGCGCGAGUGACAGCGACCUUCUGGGUUUAUAAUAAAGGGCUUGCCGCGCCGGGAAGACCCCUCGCCGCUGGCCACCAGCCCUCCAGCCUUUGCGGCCCACGCCGUGAUUCUGGUGACCGAGAAGAGAGCAGAGCCACUGCCAGGAGGAAGGGGUAAGACCCAGCACGACACCUUCUUUCCAUGCUUUCCAGCCUGUGGGAGCGACCGCGGCAGCAGAGAGAGAACCUGGGGCCAGGAUUCAUGACUUAUUUAUGAAGCAUCUUAAUCUGGGACCGAGGCGCUGUGGUCAGUGGCGACGUAAAUGGCUCGCCUCCCUGCUGGCAUCCGCUUCAUCAUCUCAUUCUCCAGGGAUCAGUGGUACAGAGCCUUCAUUUUUAUUUUGACGUUUCUGCUGUAUGCAAGUUUUCACUUGUCUCGAAAGCCCAUCAGCAUAGUGAAGGGUGAGCUCCACAAGUAUUGCACUGCUUGGGAUGAAGCCGACGUCAGAUUCAGCAGCAAGGCUGGGUCCGUUGCCCCCCACCAGCUCGCUGACAACGAGACCGACUGUGGCUGGGCACCAUUUGAUAAGAGCAACUAUCAGCAGCUGCUUGGGGCCCUGGACUACUCCUUCCUGUGCGCCUAUGCCGUGGGGAUGUACCUCAGUGGCAUAAUUGGGGAACGCCUGCCGAUUAGGUAUUACCUAACGUUUGGGAUGCUCGCCAGUGGAGCCUUCACCGCCCUGUUCGGCUUAGGGUAUUUCUACAACAUCCACAGUUUCGGAUUCUACGUGGUAACUCAGGUCAUCAAUGGGCUAGUGCAGACCACCGGCUGGCCCAGCGUCGUCACCUGCCUUGGCAACUGGUUUGGAAAAGGAAGGAGAGGUUUGAUCAUGGGCGUCUGGAACUCCCACACCUCCGUGGGCAACAUCUUGGGCUCAUUGAUCGCUGGCUACUGGGUGUCUACGUGUUGGGGGCUGUCCUUCGUCGUGCCCGGGGCCAUCGUGGCAGCCAUGGGGAUAGUGUGCUUUCUCUUCCUCAUUGAACAUCCGAAGGACGUCAGGUGCUCCUCCACCCUGGUGACGCACUCGAAAGCCUAUGAGAAUGGGACAAACAGACUGAGACUCCAGAAGCAAAUCUUGAAGAGCGAAAAGAACAGGCCUCUGGACCCAGAGAUGCAGUGCCUGCUGCUGUCAGACGGGAAGGGCUCCGUCCAUGCAAACCACAUGGUCAUUCUCCCCGGGGACAGCGGGAGUGCCACCGCUGCCAUCAGCUUCACAGGGGCCCUGAAAAUCCCAGGCGUGAUCGAGUUCUCGCUGUGUCUGCUGUUCGCCAAGUUGGUCAGCUAUACUUUCCUCUUCUGGCUGCCACUGUACAUCACGAAUGUGGAUCACCUUGAUGCCAAAAAGGCGGGGGAGCUCUCCACCCUGUUCGACGUGGGUGGGAUCUUUGGUGGCAUCCUGGCAGGUGUGAUCUCAGACCGACUGGAGAAAAGGGCCACCACCUGUGGCCUGAUGCUGCUGCUCGCUGCCCCCACGCUCUACAUCUUCUCCACCAUCAGCAAGAUGGGGCUCGAGGCCACCGUCGCCAUGCUACUGCUCAGCGGAGCCCUGGUCAGCGGGCCCUACGCGCUCAUCACCACCGCCGUCUCCGCUGACCUGGGGACUCAUAAAAGUCUGAAGGGUAACGCGCACGCCCUCUCCACCGUGACCGCCAUCAUCGACGGAACUGGCUCUGUAGGAGCAGCCCUGGGCCCCUUGCUGGCUGGGCUCAUCUCCCCGUCUGGCUGGAGCAACGUGUUUUACAUGCUGAUGUUCGCUGACGCCUGUGCCUUACUGCCAUGCUGUCACAUUGGGGCAGCAGCCAGCUGCUUCCACCUGAAGGGAUGGGAGAGAAUAAAGGAGCAAAGAGGCUGCCAGUGCAGACAGCAAGCCGCCGUCCGGCUUCCGUCCCCUUCCUCUGGGCCCCUGCUUCCUGCCCCCUCCUGUGUUGAGAAAGUUUGAGGUUUUCUUCUGGGAAGGGAAGACCAGUGAUGAUGUCACGGUCACAUAGAUGUGCACCUGUGAGGGGCACAUAUACUUAUCUUCACAAGUCAUCUGGCAUGCAAAGUCCCCAGACCCACAGCUGUGUCUGUCCUCUCACUCCACCAGGCAAAACCUUAGGCUGAUCCCAAUAAAAAUGAGUUGGGAAUUGUAGAAAUAUCAACUCACUCAAUUAAGUGGAAGUCUUACAUUAAUUCCAGGAAAUUCUAAAACCCAAUUUCCCUACCACGUACAAAAUCAAAUACCAACUCUCAGCCUAUGAGCUUACUAGGUUUAAAUGGCUGUUCUUUGGAUUAUUUAUGGGUCUUUUUUAAUGCCAGAGGUUUCUAUUGAAGUCUCCAGAUGUAGUUCCACUAGGUAGCAGUAAAAUUCCCAUCAUUACAACUGUUCAGAGAAUCUGAAAUAUCUUCUUCAGAAAUACCCAGUAAUAUGUAUUGAAAAUUGUUUUGAGGCACAAGCUCAUAAGAAAGUAAAGGAAUUCCCCAAGAGCCCAAAUUGUAAAGGCAACAUAAAUACACAAGCUCAUGAUAGAGCUGUCCAGGAAUGAUACCAGUCUCAGGAAUCAAGGGGUUGGGGUGGUUGUGCCCAUACCGGGUAAGAGACAAGGUGUUAGGCUGGCACAAGAUGAGGAGUUGGAACUGGAGACUUCCUCAUAGAGCCAGGACCCUGAAGGGCCAUGCUUACAGUGAAAGAGUGUACUAGAUGACAUCUGCACACUGGCACAGGAAGACAAUGGGAAUCUCCCCAUCUUAGCCGGAUCAGGGAGAAAAAAUCUCCCCCGAGAAUUUUUAACCAUAGACCUGCCCACAGUCAGCCUUAAUCUUUGAGCUUAUAUAAAUAUAUUUAAAAUGAACAAAGUUGGUCUGUAGGCAGUGAUAUCCAUGGUUCUUAUGCAGAAGCAAAUAGGGACAAAUCUCAACCCUACAGCACAGGAAUUCUGUAGCUACCAACCUACUAAAGAUGACCUCACAGUCCAAAAUUAUGAAACAUAAGGAAGCAAUCCAUUUUGAAUGACAGUAACAGACAUAAAAAUGGUGGAAUUGGACUCCCCAAAACUGCAGAUAAAAUAUUUAUAUAAACUAAAAAUAAAUAUAUGCGAUGUGACUGAUGACAUAAGAAAGGAAACUGACCUCAUGAAGAAAAGAACAAGACACUCAAAAAGACAGAGUAGGCUUGAAAAACCAAACAGAGGUUAUAGAAGUGAAAACUGUGACCUUUAGCCUGGAAAAAGCUCAAUGGAUGGGUUAGAAAAGCAAAUUAGAUAUAGCUGAAGAGAAGAUUACUGAAAUGAAAUAUAGAUAUGAUGAAAUUAUCCAGAAUUCAGCACAAAAAGAGAAAUGGAAAAUAUUAAAGAGAAAUUAAAUAUAAAAUGGAGGGCCAAAUGAGGUGGCCUAAUAUUAUCUGAAAGGAAUUUCAAAGAAAGAUAGUAGACUAGAUUUGAAGCAAUAUUUUAAGAGAAAAUAGCUGAGAAUUUUCCAUAUACAUGAAAGACAAACAUUCUUAGAUUCAGGAAUCAAACAGCUUAGGAUUGUGACGCUAGAUAAAUUUAUCUGUACCUAGACAAAGAAUAAGAGUGAAGUGAAAAUGUUUUUAACCAAAGGUGCUCCCAGCAAAAAUUGCUAAACAGUGUAUUUAAACAUGGAAGGGGCCAGGCAUGGUGGCUCAUGCCUGUAAUCCCAGCACUUGGAAGGCCAAGGUGGGUGGAUCACCUGAGGUC